AUGUCUGAGCCAGAACAGUGCAUUAUAUGCCUGGACUCGCUCCCACUCCCGCGAUCCUCGGGUCCGGCCUUGGUGGCCGACAGCGUGCUCCAAGUACCACCCACCACUGUCGACGCGGAAAACAACAACAAACAAGAAAAUGACGAAGCUGCAAAUCUUCUCAAUGUUGUCGCGGCCCUUGACGGAUGCGAGCACAUUAUUCAUGAUGCGUGCAUUCGGUCCUGGGCGCAAAAGACGAACACCUGCCCCAUCUGCAGGAACAUCUUCCACACAGUCCGUGUCUUCAAUGGCGUUGACGGGACGGCCAUCUCCCAAUACGAAGUCGAAGACAAGAAGCAAAUCGCCGAGUUCGACAUCCAGCAGUGGCUAGGCGAGAAUGCAGAAGAAGAGCCAGAGCAGAGCAACCCGUGCCCUAUCUGUAAUUCCGCGGAGCAGGAAAACGUACUCCUCCUAUGCGACAGCUGCGAUGCUGCCUACCACACACACUGCGUCGGGUUGGACGAUAUUCCAGACGGAGACUGGUACUGUAUGGAAUGUCGACAUGCAUUUCAGCUCAGUGACGAGCCUGGGGACUUUGCCAGCGAGACGCAGCCCAGCCGUCGUCGUCGAACCACACGACCACAGCCUCGGAACGGGCGAGGCUACCACGUUCGAACUCGAGCACGCCUCAGAAGAGCCCGUCAGCAAGCGCGAAAUGUUGAGUGGCAAGGACCGUGGGGUCAGUUCGCUGGCCGUUUGUACGACCUUGCCGAGGUGGACCUAGACAAUUUCGACGACGAGGACGAGGAGAUGGGCCAGUAUCGUCAGUUCCAACAGUUGGAUCGGCGAGAAGUAGAGCGUUGGCGACAGCGAUUCGACAUAGCGCAGCGUUGGGGUGCGCAAGACGCGUUCGCACACAACAUCCCUCCGGCCAUAAGCGAACAACUACAGCCAGCACCUCCACCGCCACCUCAAGAGACCAGAGAUGAACGGCGCGCUUGGGGCGCAUUCGAGCUUGCGCGUGCAGCAGAAGAAGGCAGCACAGCUUCAAGAUCACGGAAGCGCAAGACCCGUUCCAUCACCGCUUCCCCCGCCGAGCCUACACAAGAGCCAGAGCGCAAGCUGAAGCGUCCACGAACCAGACGGUUGGCCACAACCCAUGCCGAGGGGUCAGGCUCAGGCUCAGCGCCGUCGCCAGUCCCAGGUCCAUCGACCGCGCCAGCCGCUGACGCGACUACCAACGGCCAUGGCGCCACCGUGAACGGAUCGUCGGUACGGCCUGAAAGGACAGGACCGGCUUUGGUGUCAUCGUUAUUGAAGGAGCUCGAGCCCAGCUCUACGUCGGAUGACGAAACAUCCCAGAUCGUUCCCGGUCGAUUUGUCCGCACGGGCGCUUCAUCGCCAGUCCUUUCCCCCGCGCCGUCCAAUCCAGGCACUCCUCGCGGGUUGUCAAUGAGCCCGCCACCCUUCCAAGGCCGACCAUCCUCUCCGACCUUAUCGCUGAGCACGCACAUCGAGCCGAGAUUCGGGCCUGCUCCCUACUCUCCUGCGGCUGCUCGAAAACAGGCCAAUGGACAUGGCAGUGGUAGCGGCAGCGGAAGUGGCAGCGAGGGAAGUGAUUCGGACAGCCGGUCGAAUCGGCAACGUCGCGGACGUAGACCUGAAAUCCAGCAACCCCGCCCGCGACACGCAAGGCAAACGCAGCAGGCCGCCGUUGCAGAACAUUCACCCAACAGAGGGAGCGUGAUCACGCAAGAAGAAAAGAAGAGUAUCAACGACAUUGUCAAGAGCGCGCUCCGGCCCCAUUGGCACGCACAAAGACUCAACACCGACCAAUAUGCGUCCAUCAAUCGAGAUGUUUCCCGAAAAUUAUACGAAGAGGUUCGUGAUGCGAAUUCGCUAGACGAAGAUACUCGACGGAUGUGGGAAUCGAAGGCUUCUUCUGAGGUCGAGCGAGCUCUCGUGAAGCUGAACAGCGAGACGACGACCUGA